AUGGGAGAAGCUCAACUUGUCUUGGAUGGUCUCACAAAUGCGCCAUCUGUAUACGACAUCCCACGUUCACCACCGCCAGACCUCCGUCUAGCCUCUGCUAGCGCCAGCAGGCAAGGACUUCGCAACGGGCUUUCGAGCAUUCGGAAACGGCAUCUACCAGUACAUGAGCUCGCUUUGUUGCGGACUACUACGCUGAAUGGACUGCCGCUACCGGGUGAUGUCACUCUCAACGUCGCUGUUCCCAUUGCGGUCGUGGAUCCUAUCGAAGAUAAUCAGAUACAUCUUGCAAAUACCUUGCACAUCUCCACUCCAAACAGCGUCAUCAUCACGAAGAGCAGGCUGAUACCGAAGACAACACAACCGCCAGACUCUGCUCGCCGACCAGGGACCGAACCAAUGGAACUGCGCACAGAGCCCCUCCAGAGACCCACACAACUUUCUGCUAACAUGCCGCGAUAUCGUCCAGACUUUGGAGAUGUUUUUGACGGGUUUGUUGGUUCCGAACUGAAGCUCGUUCCGAAGAUAAGUGUCAACCGCCAAAGAAUCGCCAAUCCGGCCAAGAGAAAGAAGCCUGGUAUCAAGCGCGAGCUAAUUCUACAAGCUGGGUCACCACCUUUAUCCGCAGGUUGGGCUACGAGUACCGCGAAUACUUUAGUCGUGGGCAAACCAUCAAUGAUCGUUGGUGGGAAUACUUCGUCAAGACGUGAAAACGCCCAACCCCAGGUAGGACUCGGACAACUGACAUUGACGAGUUGCCGGGAUGUUCUACAGGCUGGCACAGAUGAUAGACACGUACCUGAACUGAGCGAUGAGACACUAUUCCCGAAAGCUCGCGAAGAAGAUCAUGACGACUGUAUUGCUGAGACUGGUUAUUACCAGCUCAACCGAGUACCCACGUCUUGUGCCAAGAUCAGCCGGUUUUGAUGUUCAACACACCUGGACGGUCAAAGCGAGAUGGUAAGUGACGGGAAGACUGUCAGCCCUUAUUGACGACGAUGACGAUUCAGAUUACGUCGACUAAGUCGGUGGGAAAGCCUGGCGAUCAUCAGUGGGGUUGGGGAGAGUGGAUUGAUAUGUACUGGGACGUCGAACACCUCCUGGGUAUUCGGCAGACUCAGCUCUUGCAUGCCUGACAGCGUUCGAUGACAGACGUCAGGCCUUCGAACCUGCAAAGACUUCAAACUGCGAGCGGGGUAACGAUGCGGGAUAGACCACGAUAGGUAGUAUCAACUAUAGCAUACAGUCUGGGUAUUCGUGGUUCAUCUUAAAAUGCCUCGGUUCCUUGGUAGUAGCAAUGUUCAGGAACGCGGACUAUGGUGCACGGCGUACGUUUGCAGUCCUGGUGAAUACUUGAGCAAGAGCUGAACAGGAU